CUGUAUCUACAUAAUCUUCCCCCUCUUGAAGCCUUGCAUCAGUUUCAGAGCUAUUUACAACACGAUCGAAACAUGUCCUGGACACACGAAGGCGCAUAUUGGCGUCGGCCUCUCGAUUGCCAUGAUAGAUUAUUCCAAUCCAUUGCCAAGGCUGGAGCCCCCUUAGGCCGCGAGCACUGGAUCAUGGUCCAUUGGCUCCAGAUCGGCUUUCCCUCCGCCAUGGAACCCCUGGUACAAGAACAGCGUCUCCGCGCCGCCUGGAGCGCCCUACGCUGCCGACAUCCGGAUGUAGCCCUGACACUACACGAGAACGAAAAACGCUAUGAGCCCCUGGUCGACAACCAGGAUCUACAGCGGUGGACCACCGCUACCUUCCGCGUGGAGACGGGCGUCCAUUCUGUCGACGAGCUGUUUUCUCGGCACCUCAAGGUCGCCCCGUCUGCACAUGCUACCUGCCAUUGGGUCCCUACUAGUAGCGAAGUGGCCAUCGUGUCCCCACACUGGCGCUGGGACGGACGGGGGGUUACGAUGGUGCUGCAUAGCUUCAUGGACCUGCUAGCGUGCAGUUCCUCCACGCUGCCGCUUAUUCCCGCGGUCGUAGGGGCCGAAGCGAUAAAUCUGGUGCCCACUCUAGACACUGUCAUUGGCGUACCCGAGGUCCCUAAGGAGGAGUGGGUGCGGAAGGCUGACGACCUACUCGCCCCUUUCCUAGACGGAUCGCCUGCCAUCGGCUUGCCCAUCACACCGGCACUCCCGGGGAACACAGUCCGGACGGAGACGGUUUUCCCGAAGGCUGUCACGGCAGCGGUACGGGAGGCGUGUCGGGCGCGGGGGAUUCAGCUCACUGCCGCACUGCAAGCCUCGAUCGUCCUAGAGACAGCGCGAUAUCAAGAACGGGUGGAUGGAACAGCAGAAGUUGGCAUAGCGGCGAAAUACAAAAGCUGGGGCGCCUUCGACCUACGAAAGCACUGCCCACCGCCGUUCGAUGGUAUAGCGCACGCAGCAUCACUUCGCUUAGUAGCGCUCCCGCUCAUCGCCGACCCGACAACAUCCUGGGAUGCCCUAGCGUCGACCUUCCAGGCCUAUUAUACGCAGCCGCUGGCGCCCCCGAGUAGCGAUACCAUAUUCGUUCGGGUACCCUACGUCGAGAAAGCAACGGCAAUGUUGGUAGGGUCACCGCCUAGUACGGAACCAAACUUGAGUAAUCUAGGUGUCAUGGAGAACUACAUACAAAGAAGAUACGGAGACUUCGAGGUACGAGACGCAGCGCUAGGGGUGCAAAUGCUGUCACCGCAGUUAUACGUGCACGCCUGGAGCUGGGACGGGGAGAUGCGGGUGAGCAUCUGUUAUAAUGAAGCCUUUUAUCAGGAACAAUUUGUUAGGGGGUGGUUGGAGGGACUGAAGACCAGCUUGCUGAAAAACCUCGAGAUUGAGAUUUCGGCUAUUACAGGUUAA